AUAGAUAGAUAGAUAGUUCUUUCCAACAGGAGGCAGUAAUUCUUCUCUUGACGAACUGCGGCUGCGCAGAAAGUACACCGACCCUCAAACCCGGAUGUAACCAACGCCUAACUCGUCGGAGGAAAAACGAUGCAGACGAUAAAAUGUGUAGUGGUAGGAGACGGGGCAGUAGGAAAGACCUGCUUACUGAUCUCCUACACAACCAACAAGUUCCCCUCAGAAUAUGUGCCUACGGUCUUUGAUAACUAUGCAGUGACAGUAAUGAUUGGGGGAGAACCCUACACACUUGGCCUCUUUGACACAGCAGGCCAGGAGGAUUAUGACAGGCUGCGUCCUCUCAGCUACCCGCAAACAGACGUGUUCCUUGUAUGUUUUUCCAGUGUCUCCCCGUCAUCGUUUGAAAAUGUCAAAGAAAAGUGGGUCCCAGAGAUUUCUCACCACUGCCCAAGCACACCAUUCCUGUUGGUGGGCACACAAGUAGAUCUACGAGAAGACAGCAACACUGUUGAGAAGCUGGCAAAAAACAAACAGCGCCCCCUUUACCCCGAGAACGGGGAGAAGCUGGCACGUGAGCUCAGGGCUGUUAAAUAUGUGGAGUGCUCGGCUCUCACACAGCGAGGACUUAAGAAUGUGUUUGAUGAGGCCAUACUGGCAGCCCUGGAGCCCCCUGAGACCAAAACGAAGAAGAAGUGUGUUCUCCUAUAGAGGAUAACAGGGAAAUAAACAGUAAGAGAUACAAUGCUGUAAGAAAUGGAAGAGAUGAUUCAUCAGAAGCAUCUACUUCAAUUUUGACAGAGAAAAAAAAAAAGGACAAAUCCAAAAGGGGCCGGGAAGUACCGUGCCAUUGUGAUGUAUUUUAAAGCCCGUCUCCUCUGAUUUAUGCCUUCCAGAAAAACUUUGAAAAAGGCUGAGAGCAAAACUCCCACCAUGUCAUAUGUGCCACUUAUGUCCUUUUUCUGAAAGUUUGUAUAAAUUACAGUGUUCUCUUUAUUCAGGUGGGGCUGGCCCCCCUACCUCUGCUUCUUUUCUCUAGUUUUUGCCUUAUUGGUUUUAUAAAGUAAAUAUUCAUUCUUAAAGUGGCUUUUGGCCUCAUCCCGUGUUGUUAGAACAGGAAGAGGCAACUUAGCUAACAGCUGUACAAGUAAAUGUUAACUGGUACUCUUUUUUUUGUUUUGUUUUAUUUUUGUAUUCCUCUGGACUGAAUAAUGCAAGCCCAAGAGAUGUAUUGUCACUCCAAAAACAUAGCUAUCUAUUUGUCGUUACUAUGCUCCAACUACCUUUUAGGAAAGCCAAGUGCGUUUUCAGGUGUUUCACUUUAAUGAAAGUGAUGGUAUUUUGGGAAAUGUUAGCUUUUUUUUUCUCUUUCCUUUUCUCUUUGAAACUUGAAUUUAUAUUUUAUCGCAUUUUUUUUUUUUUUUUUUUUAUAGCUACGUGACCAACAGUGAUUUGAUUAAAAUAAAAAAACAAGUUGUGAUAUUUUUAAGUAACUCUUAAUUUUGAUAAAAAUUGAGAUGAUAACUUUUUCUAGUACAUUUCUGGGUGUUUCUAAUGACAGGAUAUUUGUAUUUUUAAUAAAAUGAUUUUGCCAAAAGUGAAA